AGCCGUGCUGAAGGAGGCGGAGAGGCCGGCGGCAGCGGCCGGGAGCGGUGAGCCGGAGAAGGAAUUGGAGCAGAAGCGGGAGCCGAAGCGGGUACCAGAUCGACGGUCGGCGGUGGGGAUCUGCCGGCGGUGUUGCGGUGCCGGCGGUGCGGCGGCGGAGAUGUGCGCGGCGGGGAGGCGCUGGGGCCGGCGGCAGCGAGUGCUGCUGUGGGGCGUCCUGCUGGCGGCCUGGGAGGCGGCGUGGGGGCAGCUGCGCUACUCGGUGCCCGAGGAGAUGCCCAAGGGCUCGUUCGUGGGCGACGUGGCCAAGGACCUGGGGCUGCAGCUGCCGGCGCUCCCAGACCGCGACGCCCACGUUUUUGACACAGGUAGGGCACGGUACUUUUUUCUGGACUUGCAGAGCGGCCACUUAUCUAUGAUGGAGCAGGUGGAUAGGGAGGAGAUAUGCGCAGCUGCUCCUAAAUGCAUCCUAAAUUUUGAAAUUCUUGUAAAGCAGCCAAUGAACAUUUACAAAGGGGAGGUAGAAAUACUGGAUAUUAAUGAUAAUGCUCCCAGUUUCCCAGAAAGAAGCAGUAUCUUAGAAAUCAUCGAGUAUACUGCACCAGGCGCACGUUUCCCAUUGGAGAAAGCUCACGAUCCCGACAUAGGAGUGAACUCUUUACAGAAUUAUGAAUGUAGCGAGAGCAGCUAUUUCACCUUGGAUGUGAAAAACGGAGAUGACGACGUGAAAUAUCCAGAAUUAAUAUUGGUGAAAUCUUUGGAUCGGGAAGAGCAGGCUGUUCACAAUUUGAUCCUAACAGCCACAGAUGGCGGGAGUCCGGUAAAAUCGGGAUCGACAACAAUACAAGUAGUUGUGUUAGAUGGAAAUGACAAUGCUCCAGAAUUUACUCAGUCUGUGUAUAAGGUGACCGUGAGAGAAGACGUGGCCGUGGGAAGUCGGGUGUUACAGGUGACAGCGACUGACAGAGACGAGGGGCCAAACGCUGAGGUGAAAUAUUCGUUCUUUAAAAUCCCGGAGAAGUUCGACAAAACUUUUAAGCUAGAUCCUGAAAGUGGGGAAAUUGAAAUAACAGAGAAGUUGAAUUUCGAAGAACACGAGUUUUACGAAUUGGUUGUGCAAGCUCGGGAUGCGGGCGGACUCGCUUCCCACAGCAAGGUACACAUCAAGGUCGCUGAUGUGAACAACCACGUUCCCGAGAUUGUAAUUAUGUCCGUGUUCAGUCCCGUUCCAGAAGAUACACCGCUGGGAACAGUAAUCGCCAUUUUCAGCGUCCAAGACAGGGAUUCUGGGGCCAACGGCGAGGUGCAGUGCAGCAUCACGGAAAGCCUCCCGUUCCGCCUAGAGAAGUCAUUCGAUAAUUACUACCGUGUGGUGACUGCAGAGCUGUUGGACCGGGAGCAGGAGUCGGAGUACAACGUGACGGUGCGGGCGGCCGACGGCGGUCGUCCGUCGCUGCAGAGCAGUAGGGUGCUGUGUGUGCGGGUGCUGGACGUGAACGACAACGCGCCGGUGUUCUUGCAGGAGCGCUACAGCGCUCGUCUGUGGGAGAACAACGUGGCGGGCUUGCUGGUGCUGCGGGUGCGGGCGACGGACUCGGACUGGGGGGAGAACGCGCGCGUGCGGUACCGGCUGGGGGAGGGUGGUGUGCGGGGCUCGCCGCUGUCGUCGUACGUGUCGGUGCAGGCGGAGACGGGCGCGCUGUACGCGCUGCGCUCGUUCGAUUACGAGGAGGUGCGCGAGGUGGGGCUGUGGGUUUGGGCGGAGGACGGCGGCUCGCCGGCGCUGAGCAGCAACGUGUCGGUGCGGCUGGUGAUCGUGGACGAGAACGACAACGCGCCGCAGGUGCUGUACCCGCCGCCGGCGGCGGGGGCUUUGUCGGGCUCGGUGUGGUCGGGCGUGGAGCUGGCGGCGCGGUCGAGCGAGGCCGGCGCGCUGGUGGCCAAGGUGGUGGCGGUGGACGCGGACGCGGGUCAGAACGCGUGGCUGUCGUACGAGCUGGCCAAGGCGACGGAGCCGGGGCUGUUCCGCGUGGGGCUGCACAGCGGCGAGGUGCGCACGGCGCGCUCGCCACUGGCCCGCGACGCGGCGCGCCAGAGCCUGGUGGUGCUGGUGAAGGACCACGGGCGGCCGGCGCUGUCGGCCACGGCCACGCUGAGCGUGGUGCUGGCCGAGAGCGUGGCCGAGCUGCUGGCCGAGCUGGGCAGCGCGGCGCGGGCGGAGGCGGAGGCGGGGGCGGGCGAGGCGGGCGGCAGCCUGACGCGCUGGCUGGUGCUGGCCGUGGCCGCCGUGUCGUGCCUGUUCGUCGCCUUCCUGCUGCUGCUGCUGGCGCUGCGCCUGCGGCGCUGGCGGCGCUCGCAGCAGCAGCUGCUGGCGGCGGGCAGCGGCGCCUUGCGCGGCGUGCCGGCCACGCACUUCGUGGGCAUCGACGGCGUGCGCGCCUUCCUGCACUCCUACUCGCACGACGUGUCUCUCACGGCCGACUCGCGCAAGAGCCACCUCCGCUUCUCGGCCGCCAGCUGCUGCGACACCCUGCCGGCCCGGCCGCCGCCCGACGAGCCCGCGCCGCUGCUCGGAGACGAGGAACCUGCCGGUGCCCAGCAAGAGAACCCCGCCCCUCUCCCGGUGAGUUCUUUGAAGCCGAGUUUUUCGGCGACCUUUCAUUCUACUUCUCUCUUGCUCUUUCACCCCGUGGUCUGUUACACGUAG